GACUGUGCGCGCUCGGCAGUGCUGCAGUACUCGACAGCGAAAGGAGGCUCAGAUACGGAAUCCAUAAUUUCUUUUCUGUCCCCCCCCCAACCACCAAGAGGACGCGAGGAUAGAGUUAGCGUUCAUCUGAGGCUUGUUUUUGUGCUUUUCUUCUUCAUUUUGAACGUCCGACUUUCUCGUUUUUUUUUAAAAAUAAAUUUGUGCAGAGUUUCGAGGAGCCGGUUUGAAGCUAUGGACAGUGUGGGGGUGUGCAGCAGCGGCAGCAGCGGCGGGAGCAGCAGCGAGACACUGGCCGCUGGCACCGUCCGCCUUGUAGUCGCGGGACUAGAAAAGUUCGGCUCGCCUCGUCGGGGACUCCACUCGCCGUUUGAUGAAGUGCUUCGUGACGGGGACUAGCUGCGGGAAUCCUUGGCUCUGCAGGGGACGGGGACGCGUUGUGGCCGCUUUCGACAGCCGCGCUCCCGAGUCGACGAGAGGGUCUCUCGCUUUCAAAGUUGCAGGAAAAACAUGGAGACCGUAAAUCGGCAGAGCUUCCAGCCUCAUCCGGGACUGCAACAAACUCUCAAGCAGUUUCACCUAAGCUCCAUGAGCUCCCUCGGCGGACCGGCGGCUUUUUCGGCCAGGUGGCAGCAUGACCUGCUCUUCAAGAAGGACGGGAAGGAGCCGGAGCCCGUCCUGCAUCUGCCCAUGCAGCCGGCGCCCCCGGUGAUGCCCGGGCCGCUGUUCCUGCCGUCGGACCGCUCCACCGAGCGCUGCGAGACGGUGCUGGAGAACGAGACCAUCUCCUGCUUCGUGGUCGGCGGGGAGAAGCGCCUCUGCCUGCCGCAGAUCCUCAACACGGUCCUGCGGGACUUCUCCCUGCAGCAGAUCAACUCCGUGUGCGACGACCUUCACAUCUACUGCUCCAGGUGCACGGCGGACCAGCUGGAGAUCCUCAAAGUCAUGGGCAUCCUGCCCUUCUCCGCGCCGUCCUGCGGCCUCAUCACCAAGACGGACGCCGAGCGGCUGUGCAACGCCCUGAUAUACGGCGGCGCCUACCCGCCGCACUGCAAGAAGGAGUUGUCCGGAGCUACCUUGGAGCUGGAGCUGACGGAGAAGAGCUUCAAGGUGUACCACGAGUGUUUCGGGAAGUGCAAGGGUCUUUUCGUGCCCGAACUGUACACCAGCCCCAACGCAGCGUGCAUCCAGUGCAUGGACUGCAGACUCAUGUACCCGACCCACAAGUUCGUGGUCCACAGUCACAAGUCGCUCGAGAACAGGACUUGCCACUGGGGCUUUGACUCGGCCAACUGGAGGGCAUACAUCCUCCUGGGCCAGGAUUACACGGGGAAAGAGGAGAAGGCGCGCAUGGAGCAGGUCUUGGACGAGAUCAAGGAGAAAUUCGACUACGGCAACAAAUAUAAGAGGAAAGCAUCACGGGCAUCUGAUCCCAUCCCAGCCAAGAAGUCCAAACAUGAGGACUUCCCAUUACAGUCCCCAUUGUCCGAGAAAGAGAAGCAACACGAUUGGCUGCGAUCCCUCUCCGCCUCUGCCAAUAAGGGGCUCAGCUGCAUCCAGCCCCGACAGAGGCCCUCAGCUUUCAGGCCGUGGUCGCCCAACCUUUCCGCAGGCGACAAGGAGGCCUCCAGUCGGCCCCUGGCCCUGCUGAGAGACAGUUUCUACAACUACAAGAGCAUGGAGAAUGCUGUGGCCCCUAACGUCGCCCUUACACCCCUGCCCCUGGGUAAGGUGGAGCCCAUGUCCCCAUCUGUACCCAGCACCUCCCACCCGAGUGGAGGGGAAGCCCCGGGAGAGGGGGCCAAUGCCAGCUCGAAGCCCUGCAAAAGGCGGGCCACCGGGGAGCUGCCGCAUCCUGCCCCCGAGCCCCCCUGCCCUCCAUCCUCCGCUGCUACUAACAAUAAGCUGCUGCAAGAGGACUCCGAGGUGGAGAUCGAGGUGGAGAAUCGGGAGGAAUUCACUUCGUCCCUAUCCUCCCUCUCUUCGCCAUCCUUCACCUCUUCCAGCUCAGUCAAGGAUCUGAGCUCGCCAGGUGCCCAGGGGCCCGUGUGCACCAUCAUGUCGUCCGAGUGCUCCAUCCCAGUGGCUGCGCUGCCCGUCACCCCCAUGACCCCACCCGAAACGGGCUUGGAGUCGGAGCUGGAGACUCUCAGACAGGCGCUGGACAGCGGGCUGGACUCCAAGGAGUCCAAGGAAAAGUUUCUACAUGAGAUUGUUAAGAUGCGGGUGAAGCAGGAGGAGAAGCUGGGAUCGGCCUUGCAGGCCAAACGCAGUCUCCAGCAGGAGCUGGAGUUCUUGCGGGUUGCCAAGAAGGAGAAGCUCCGGGAGGCCACGGAGGCCAAACGCAACCUGAGGAAGGAGAUCGAGCGUCUGCGGGCCGAGAGUGAGAAGAAGAUGAAAGAAGCCAACGAGUCUCGCGUCCGCCUGAAGCGGGAGCUGGAGCAGGCGAGGCAGCUGCGGAUCUGUGACAAGGGCUGCGAGGCCGGCCGCCUACGCGCCAAGUACUCAGCACAGAUCGAAGACCUCCAGAUGAAGCUGCAGCACGCCGAGGCAGAUCGCGAGCAGCUCCGGGCUGACCUGCUGCACGAGCGGGAGGCCCGGGAGCACCUGGAGAGAGUGGUCAAGGAGCUUCAGCAGCAGCUGUGGCCGAAGGCGGGUGGCGACAAGGACAUGGCACCCAAGGACAUGUCAGCCAGCAACUAACCACGCCUCCCCCAUCCCCACCCCCCACCCCCCCACCAUCAAUCCCCUACACUCCCGACACCAGACCAGCCCCUCAAACGGACACUCAGCCGCCUAGCACAGAUGUUUUCCAACGCUCGACCCCGAAAACACGAAAAAAUAGACCUGGACCUCCUGAACGGGGAUGGAGACGCGACACUGAUGAGCCUCAGCUGUCCGUCCCCAGCGAAGACUUGGGUGCUUGGACGCUUCCACCAAGACAGACUGGGACCGUCAGCCAAAUUCAGAGGCGUCAGGACGCAUGUGGGUGGACCAAGGAGAAAUGGUGAUGUUGGAACAAAGCACUGAGUCGCACCUGACGCUCGCAGAGCUUAGCCGUGGACAGCGAGAAAUGAACGCGGGAAACGUACAGGAAGAAGAGCACAUAAAACACUCGUGCCUGUAUUUUCUCCCACCAGACAAAGGGGCAACAUUUUGGACACGAUUAACAGAUCAUAUUAUAUCAGAAUUAUACUUUUCCUUUUCUUUUUUUUAAGAGAUGCUAAAUAGCCAUGCGGUCAAAAUGGCAGCAAAGGUGGAGAAGGUCGGCCGAGCUUAUAUUUACCCACAAUCCCCUACGGUCUUUUGCCCCUUCCCCACCGUGAAGAUGAUGGAAAAAGACAUUAUAAACUAUUUAAGAGACUUUAUAGCAAUUUUUCAAAAAAAAAAAAAUUUAAAAAAAAGUCUUUGUUUUUUCUGUGCUAUCGGAGCUUGUACGUAAAAUACACACAAACAAAACGCAAAAGACGAACAAAUCAAACAAGAUGAACUUUUCCACAGCACCCUCCCCGUGGUCUGCGUGUUAUAAGGAAGCCAUCGCGAUUUACUGUGGGGGGGGAAGAAUCAAGUAUGAUCCAUUCAUUUUUAUCUUUUUUUUUGUGUUUUUCAUGGGAGGGGGGGGGGGGUUCGGGCUCCUCUGCCUUGUGUGUUUUUGGUAUCAGGUAAAAAAAAAGAAGAAAUACACAAGUUGUGUUCGAGGCACCUUUUUAGUGAGCACUUGCUUCGGAUGGUGACCGUGUCCGCGACCCGGCGCCCUCACGACUGAUGCCCAUAGUCGCCCCAGAUCAGCACGGAGAUGUUUGUCACCGCACGCUGUAGUCCAGAUCCCCAGGUCUCGCCUUCUGAAGGUAGACCCGGUGACGGCUGUGUAUCUGGACGCUAGCCCGACUUCGUCCCUUCUUCCUUCCUUAUACCUUUGAGCAAUGAAAGCUGGCAUGUGUUUUUCUCUCUUCCCCCCUCCUCCAUUCAGAUCCAAAUUGUCCUCUCGCAGUGCUCUGACUUUCAGGCUGGAUACGGCCCCCCUACCCAGAACCACAAAAUGUUCGUUUUAAUUAAGUUAUGGUAUGUAAAUAUAAAUUUUCUUUUUUUACUUUACAGUAAUGAAUAAUGAAUCGCACUUUGUCAUAACAAGAUGUUGUUAUAAUGCAUCGUAGUCCCACUAUUGUCUCCAGCCAUGCAUACACAAGACAUGACCCAUACCUGCUUCAACAGAAAUACAUACACACUCUGUCGACUAUAUGCAUCUCAGUUAAAUAUUGAUGUCAUGUUCUAUCGAGGCAAAAGUAUUGUAAAUAAAAUGAAAGUAAAAGAGUCUACCUGUCGCUUUGCUAAUAAAUACACUCUGGAAUUGUUGGAAACGUACUUUUCAGCAGCUCGCGCCGCCCUUUAGCUUGUAUAAACAAACAAACAAAAACAAAUAAACAAAUAAUGAAUGGACACGUCAGGAAGUCGCUUUUAUAGGAAUGCAAACUUGCUCUGAAGCACCUGGGUCCACUUGAGUCCACGCAAGGCUCUUUCUUUUCUUUCUUUUUUGUGGAAAUGACAAAAUUCAAAAAUCACAGCAGCUCAAAUAAAGGCAAUAUUUAGGAGUUUUGGGGAACAUUUUUCACACAUUUACAAAAAAAAAAAAAGAUUUUUUUUUCUUCUUCUUCAGAAGACGCAAAGCUCCGAUGACACAGUGGGUACAAUGCAACCAGAAUGUACAUUGUGUUAAUGCUGAUUUUCCUUUGGUUGUUGAUGUUGUUUUUUUUUUUUAAUGUGGGGAUAUUUUAUUGCUUGUUUGUUAUGUUCACUGUUUUCAAUAGAAUACUCAUAUUUUCUUUAUGCAUGAAAUUUGAGAAGGUUUGCCAUUCAUAUAGUCAAUAUUGGGCAUUGAUAACUGUAUGUGUAAGGGUUUUUAUUGUGUUAUGCAAUAUAAGGCAAUUUGUGUUAAGAAGAGAAGAAAUAACUUUAAAAAAUAAUCAGAUUAUUGUGUUACUACGUCAUUAAUAGGAAUAAUAUGACACAGCCACAUGCAAAAAAAAAAACCAAAAAAACGUGCAAACAAAUUAAAAAAAAAACUACAACCAAUUUCGAAAUUCAAAUGCUGGACAACCUCAAGUGCCUGGACGCGGGCGAAGGGUUUCCAGAGUAGGAACGCUGAUGAUGUAACUGUUGUUGUGUUCGGGACAGGGCUAAGAGUCAACUCCACCAGCAAGUCAUUUCUGCCACUGUUGUGGACGCCAUGCCCACCCGGGGGGGGGGGGGGUACAAGGUUUACCCCCCCCCCCUGAGGGGCUCCACCUCGCUCUCAGCAACCCCUUUGGUCAGUAUCCUACACCAAAACCAGUUUACAACAGCUCCAACACAGUACUUUUUAUCAGAGCGGAAACAAAACAACUGAACUAUUGCUAGAUGCUAAAGGCUUUUUUUUUAAACAAGCGCUUUUCUUCGAUUGAAAUUGAUGAUAUGCAUGCCGAAAACCACCCUUUUUCCCUUUUUCUUUUUUUUCUUUUUUAGGAAAAAAAGAACAAAAAAUCUUGAAAAGCCACUUUUAUCGUUGCUUUAUGGUAAAUUUGUUACUCUCGGUUGUAUAUAAGGGCCUGCCGUUUAUUGGAGAUUUGGUCGACUUGUCCGAAAGUGGACGCCUGAAGGAUGGUGAAGAGGGCAUUUUGUUUGGUCCCGUCUCCUAGCCAACAUUUGUAAGGCUGAUGUUGUUGAGGGACCGACUCUCAACCUGUGAGCUGGACAAGACACAAAUUUGGUACAUUUUGUAGUUGUUUUUACACUCAAAGGAGCUGACGGACUAUCUGUAGUGUAUUCAUGGUUUUCUACAAAAAAAAAAGGGAGAAAAUAACGAGAUUGGCUCUUUGCUCUCCCGUAUAAAACAAAAAAGUAGUUUAACCAUUUAUUGUUUUCUAAACAACAAUCAUUUUGCUAAGAAAUGGACAAUAAAGCAGCAAUAACAGUCCACAUUAAUAGACAAAUACUAGCCAGUGGAAAGAUUUGAAUAAGUAUUUACAAUUGUAAAUAUGUUUUUUUUUCAUUUACAAUAUUGUAUUAUAAAUGUACAUGGUGUUUCCUUUUUCAAAACGAAAUCUUUUCUUACAAUAGUUUUCAUGUUUUUUUUUUUAUUUGUGUUUUAACAUGUUACAAAAACAAUUAUUGAAGUGCGUAAGAGAAUAUUCCUUUCAUAAACACGAUGUUAAUCCAGUUAUUUUCCUGUUUCUUUUCCACUGUAGAGUCUAUAUUGAAUGACUUUUUCACCAGUUCAUAUAUAUUUUUAACAAUAUAUUCAUUAUGGAAUAGCAGACCUAUGGUAAGAGAUGGGUCACACGCCCCCCCCUCCCGCAGCCCCCCUCCCCUCCCCUCCCCUCCCCCCCGAGCCCUGUGCUGCUGCUAAUGCUAUGUGUACACCAGACAGUCCUAUACAUGUUCUCAUGUAAGAGGUGAAGGCAAGCUCUCCCAUCUACUGACGCCACAUAUACAGUAUGAGGGAAAACAAACAAGCUUGGCUUAUUUAUCUAUCUUCUUUGUUUCCCUUUUCUUUUCUUUCUCCCCCCCCCCCCCCCACACACCCGUUGCAACAUCCCCUCUUCGGCGACAUCUUUUACCUUCUCUCACGACACAGACUAUAUUGUAAAGUAAAAGACUUUAUGAAAUUAUGUUUGAAAAUAGCUAUGCUUAUAUACUACAGUGACUGAAUGUACAGUGUAUAGAUGCAUUACAAGAAAUAAAGUCGUUUGU